GCUUUUAAAAGGAAGUAAAAUAGGCUGUUGUUAAAAAGCCCUACACUGAGUGUAUAUAAAUGCUCAUUUAUGAUAGAAUAAAACGCUGUCUUAAGUACUAAGAAAAUGGCAUCUAUUGUUGGAGAUGACAUUGUACAAGAUUCAGACGAAUGUCACGAAAUGCACUGCGAACAAUGCUACGAAUUCGGUGAAACGGCAGAUGCAGAAGGAUUUUGUAAUGAGUGUUUUGAGUAUAUGUGCCAGUCAUGCCUUAAAUAUCACAAACGACAAAAUCCACAACACAACAUACUCGAUAGGGCAGCGAUGCCACACGAGUUUUGUUUUGAGCAAUGCCCCGCUCAUCAAAAAUAUAUCAGGUUCUACUGCCCCAAAUGUGAACUGUUUGCCUGCUCGGAUUGCAGAAAAACAAAACAUACAACAUGCGAUAACAUCAACCAUGUUUCAACUAUGGCUACUAGAAUAGAAGAAAGUAACGAACUGAAAGAGGCUCUUAAAGAUAUAGACUUUAUUUCUAAUUCGCUAAAAAAGGUUCAAAAUACACUGGAGGAUGGCGUCAAAGAUAUUGAAACGAAACAAAAACUAGCUCAGCAAUCGAUUGAGAAAUCAGGUCAAAGUAGGAAAUCACACUUUGAGGAACAACAACUUAAAUGUACUGCAACAUUUAAUAAGUACCUCACAGAUAUGUCAUCACUUAUAGAAGAGGAAAGGCAAAGAACUGUUACUCGUUUGAGAAAGGAACAAAAUGACCUUGAUGUUAAACUGACUUUCACAGAAAAUGUAAAACUCCAGGAAUUAAGAAAAGCUUCUGAAGAAGAUGUUAAAGCACAUCGAUCUUUAUUGGCAAGAAAUGUAUCACUAUUGGAUAAAGUAAAGGACAAUUCGUGCGAUUUAUACCAGUACAUGGAAAAUAAGCAAAGAUGCAAACUGUUAAUUGCAAUGAAGAAAACAUCGUCUGAAAUGAAGAAACUAAAGAAACAAAUGAUAUUGCUGACAAGCCAAACUUCAGCUUUGAAGAAAAACACUCUACCAGACCGAAUUAUAACUGACGCUAGAUCUUACCAAGCUUCAGUAAUGUCACAAUCUACAGGAUAUGAUGGUAAUAAAAGUACUGACCAUCCUUCAGGAACCAGCUUCAUUUUUAUUGCUAUUCACACAGAAAAAAUUCAAGUACUAAGAUGUUCCAAUGGUGCGUGCGAUAAAGACGGAUUUGGCAAGUUUUGCCAGGAAUGUGGACACAGAACAGUUCAGGAAAAUAAAUUUGGGGUAUUAAUAAUUUGUAAAGGAAAACUUGAAGAUGGGCAAAAUUGUAAUUCAGAAUUUUUACCUGGACAGAAUUACUGCAUGACCUGUGGGAUGAAGGUUGAGCGACCUGUUCAACAGGUACUAGAAGACAAAUUUAAGAUCCAAAACUUAUCGAAAAUUGACCAUUCAUUAGAAGAUGAAAUAAAGUAUGUGAAUCUGAAUGCCACAAAAUCAGACGGAGUACAUAUGGCAAGAAUUUGUAUGGUCACCGAUGAUGAAAUCAUAAAGAUGCACUUGAUAAGAAAGUCAGAUAGUUUCCUGUCAAGUUUAAAUACGGACAUUCAGUCUUGUUGUACAAAAAUAUUUUAUUCUUUGAAAGAAAAUCAGGUUGUUCUAUCACAUGACGCAGCAAUUAUUGAAAAUGUAAACUUUGAAUUAGUAUUACAACAACUUCAAAGCGCGGAAGAUAUCUUUCGUAGUUUUUUGGGGCAGAUAGUUGCCAAGAACGUCUAUAUACAACGGGAUUCGUGGUGUGCAGUGAAGCAAAGAUUAGAUGAAAUAAAUGUGAGUGAUCCAGAACAUGUUGCCGUGGUGAUCGAUUCAAAUUUGUACGUGAUCACUGUAAGCAUUGUAGGUAAAAGAACAUUAGUUGAGGAUGUGUUUCAAACAAUUUCAUCAGUGCAUGUCUAAGAAUAUAUCUGAGGCGUCUGUGGACACAGUGGUUAAGAUCGCUGACUUCA